GCAUGUGCCAAAAUUUUCGAUUUUUUCACCAUUUUUUUCGUGUCAUUGUGGGCCAGACGAAAGGACGCCGCGGGCUGUAGUUUGGUAACCCCUGGCGUAAUCUCAAGUUAGACCUAACUUUUAAAUACCGUAUCUCAAUUGCUAAUCCUAUUGCUUCAUUUAGCUAGUCAAACAAAAUGUCCCAAAUCUACAAAUCACCCAAGAUAUGUAUCGUUGGUUGCGGAAUCAUGGGAUUAUCAUCUGCUUAUUGUCUUGCAAAAUACUACCAAGGGGCGGACAUAACUAUUUAUUCCAAGGAUGUUCCUCCGAAUACUACCAGCAAUGCAGGAUAUGGCAUUGUCUUCUGUAGAAGCUAUGAUUCCAAAAUGUAUAGUAAAAAGAUUGGAGAAUGGAGCAGUGAAACAUCCAGAUAUUGUUCAGAACUGUUGAAAAAUCCUGACAACGCUUCAAAAAUGGGGAUCAAUCCUGUAGAUGGAUUUCUUGUUAUGACCAAGAAAGAAAUAUUGGAAGUUGAAAAAGAUCCAGAUAGGGAAAGCAUAGUGCAUUCUCCGAGUCUUCGCUCAUCUUGUACAUACUUUCGUGAAUGUACUCCUGGAGAAAUACAGGAUAAAUUUUUAUCAAAAAAUGCUCAAUUUGACAUACUUCUGGAUGUUCCCAAAGCUGAUGCUCAGUUCAAUAAUCUUUCAUUUUAUAUAUAUGGCACAUUCAUCAUUGAUACUGAUUUAUAUCUUCUAUGGAUGCAAAAUGAAAUGAAGAACAUGGUGGAGAGAGGGCAGCUGGGGAAUUUCAAAGUUGAACAAAGGCACGUGGAUCAUCUCUCUGAUUUGUGUAACAAAGAUUUUGAUCUUAUUGUGAACUGUUCUGGGCUUGGUGCUGGAAAACUUGUGGGUGACCCUCUUGUCUCUGCUAUUAGAGCACAGUGGUUUCUUAUAAGAGCUCCGGAAAUAACUAAUCUGUAUUACGCUGGACGAACUUGUAUAUGUCCAAGACCUGGUAGAGUGUCACUUGGAUCUGUAUUUCAAUGGGACAGAUAUGACACUGAAAUUGAUCCUGUGGUUACCAAAGAUAAUUGGGAUCGUGCAAAGUCUUUAUUUCCUGAAAUACAAGAAAAUCAGAUUCUGGGAGAAUAUGUGCGUUUGAGACCUGGAAGGCGUGGUGGCGCUAGAUUGGAGUUUGAAAGAAUGACAGGCCAUGGUAAUUCGAUGCCAGUCAUCCACAAUUACGGACAUGCUGGUACUGGAAUCGGGCAGCACUGGGGAUGUGCAUUAAAUGUGCUAGAGAUUUCCAAAGGUGUCUUAUUAAAUGGUAAAAGCAAAUUGUAGUAUAAGUUGACAUUUCGUUGACUGGAAUAAUUAUUGA